CAGGGGUCCGGCGAGCGAACUGCAUCCUCUCAGUCGGCCGCUGAACCCGCGCGCCGCAUGGUUGGUCCGGGUGUGCUGCGUUCGAUUCUCCGUCCGUUCGGUUCGUUCGCCUCCGCGUCGCGAGCUCCGUUCGCUGGAAGGCUUCGCGUCUUUCUUUGCCUUAUCCUGCCUUGCCGUCUCGCUCCCUCCGACGUAUCCCGCUGCGCGAUCGGGUGAACGCGUAUACAGUGAGAUUUGCACAUCUUUUUUUUUCUUCUGUCCCCGGAAACAACCGACCGACCGACUAUUUGUCCGUCCGUCCGUCCGCUGGUGUUCGAGGAGAAAGCACCGGCGGCUUCCGAGACUCCGCCAGGAAACUACGAGACUACCCUCUCGGAUUUUCGGUGGAUUCUCUCCUGGGAUCGUACUCUACAAAGGUGGCGACGACGCGAAUCUCUUCUGCAUGAUCUCGUACGAGAUUUCAUAGACGUCGCAUACGGUGCAUGAGAGAGAAAGAGAAAGAGAGAGACACUUUGUAGCGAUGAGGAUGUAGCCCGUGGCAGGGUGGCUUUUCGACGACAGAAAAAAAAAAGAGAUAAAGAAAGAAAGAGAGAACACACGAGUCUCGAGUGAGGGCGAUGAUGACGCGUACGAUACGGGGAAGAGGAAUCGACCGAGGCAAGAGCAGGUUAGCCUAGAAGAAAAGGAGAAGAAGAGAGAUCCUCUCUUCCGGAUGUUAUCGCCAAGACUGAUAAAAACACUGCCAGGAGUAAUGACGAGUUGAAAUCGCUGUACCGUUUCUCCUUCGUCGAUCUUAGUUCUCGCUUCUCGCUAACUGCCUCUCCACCUGCCCUGCCCCUUCGUACAAGCCUUACCCUCAUCGUACACACACGUUCGUAUUAAUAUUUAUACACAUCCGCCUCUUACGCGAGAUCAAAGACUGAAAAUAAAAGGUAGCAACAUGUUGGGCGUGAGUCAGCCGGGCAAUACGCCCUCGAGCUUGCGGCACUCGGCGAGCUUCUCGUGCUUGCAACGCGGCACCGCCGGCGAGGGUCAUCGCGCGAGGACAUCGACGCUGCAACAACCGAGUCUACAGCUCAACAACGGCGGUCAUCAUCAGUACGGUGGCCAGGCGGCGGCAACAACGCAUUGCUCCCUGCUGCAGCAUCAUCGGCAGCAACAGCCCCGCGAAUCGUUCGAGCCCGUCGUCCAAGACGGUAAUGAUUAUGGUUUCGUGAAGCUCCGACCGCGACUGCGUAGCACAAACGCGACCUUAUAUCACGAAGAGGAAGUGGCGGCCGCGAAGAACGCUCUGAGGGAGCAGCGCGACGCUGCCGCGUUCAGCGAUCGCGAAUGUGACUCCAAUUUCAGGGAUUGCUCGCUAAAGGUCAAAGACCGCGACCUUUCGCCGAAAGGAACGGCCAAGAAUCAGAAUCCUCUGAGAGGUGCGCUGAUUCUCUUCACUUCGACGUCGUCUUGGUGGAAGGCUCGACAACGAGAGGAACAAUUUGCCGGAGAACGAGAGAAAACCGCUGGCAGCGGGGCCAUCUCUAUCGGCACAUCAUCGGUGCGCCACUGGUCCAAUAUCUCGAUGGCAUCGCCCUCGAACGAGAGAAAGUGGUCAUCCUCGAUGACGUCGCCCACGAACGAGCGGAAGUGGUCCGUGAGUAACAGUCUACUGACGUCACCGUCGAACGAGAGGAAAUGGAACAGAUCCUCGGUUUCGUCUACAUCGACGAGCCAACAGGAUCGGAAGUGGCGGUCCCUUGGCGCACUUUUAAGGACUCCCGCCAAUACUGGCGGCGGUAGUUCCCAUACUAACCAGAACUCCCUGUCGCACAACAUGAGCGUGUCCAUGAUCGAGGGCGAGCAUUUUCGCGAGGAAUCGCGCGGUUCAAGCUGCAAGGGACGCUAUCAUCAGCCGACUUCCUACUCGGCGCGAGUCUCUCGAGUCAGUAGAGAUGUCUAUCGAGAGAACGGAGAAUUUAGCCAGGCCGUCAGCAGAUCGAAAGUUAGCCGUAGAUUGUAUCAAGAUAACGACCCGACAAUCGACCGAGAUCUCGACGAGAGACACGUCGCGCCACAUAGCCGACAUCAACUGGAUGAUCUCGAACAGUGCAGGAACAAUCGAGAUGGUCGCGAUUUCUGCAGAGCCACGGAACAGAGCGCUGUCGAGACUCGUACUAUGAUUUCCAACAGAUCGAAUCGCGCGCAGAGUUUUUAUCUGCUGGAUGAUUUUCUACGACCGCAGCCGCAACAGCCGAGCAACAAGUGCACGACAAACGUAUUUGUCUCCCCAUCGUUGGCCAUCAAAUGCGGCCAACAAAUGUCGUGUGGCAUCGAGCACGGCAGGUUGUGCGAGGUCAGACAGGCGACCUGCCAGCAGACGAAUGUCGGCAGCAACAUCACGCCUCCGCGACGCCACAACUCGAGUUCAGACAGCCUCGAAGUGGCCGCGAGUCCGCUGCCACCACCGGUACCGCCGCCGCCGCCGCAGGCCACCGCUGGCAACGCGCGGAACGACCGCGAACGGAAUGAGAACCCGAAGGACACGAGUAAGGAUGUGUGCCCGUGCAAACUGUGCUGGACCAAUAUGCAGAGAUCUCUCGUAGAAGAGGUGAGUAGGCGAUCCAAAGAACACGCGACACAAGAGAAGGGAAGGAGUCCUGGAACGUUGCACAAAGAUGUCGGCGGUGCUGGUACGAAGGUCAGCGAGAAAACGGUCGGCGGCGUCGGCACGGCGACCCUCACCACGCUCUCGUCCAUUAAUAACGCGUCCAACGCCGGCCGUAACAAAAACAACCCCGUAUCUCACGAGAAAUUACCGUCUUUCUUCAAUACCAAGCCGACGCGAGUGGAUAAAUCGGACAACAACAAUGCCAACAACUCCAACAACACGAGUAACAACAUUCAUAAUAUGCCGCUGCACGAACCCAUCAGCGCUACUUCUCCCGAAGUAUACGCCGGGAGAUUACCAAUGACACCCCAGGAUGCGGUGAAGUAUUACGGCUCCAGACUGACAGAAUUCGAACGCGCCGAAAUUGAAAAGUACUCGGAGAUCUGGUAUCUGGGUCUGACGGCCCACAAAAUUCACGGCGAAGAGGUCUCUUCUCAGAACGGAGGUUACGACGACGAGAAUGGCAGUUACAACAAGGUCCUGCAUGAUCACAUCUCCUACAGAUAUGAGAUUUUGGAGGUGAUUGGCAAGGGAAGCUUCGGUCAGGUGAUUCGAGCAUUGGAUCAUAAAACGGGACAGCACAUCGCUAUCAAGAUUAUCAGGAACAAAAAGAGAUUUCAUCAUCAGGCUCUUAUCGAGGUGAGGAUCUUGGAACAUCUCAGGAAGAAGGAUCUGGAGUCAAAUUCGCAACAUAAUGUGAUACACAUGCUAGAAUAUUUUUACUUCCGGAAUCACCUGUGCAUCAGUUUCGAACUAAUGAGCUUAAAUCUGUACGAGCUAAUCAAAAAGAAUAAUUAUCAAGGAUUCAGUCUGAGCCUAAUCCGCCGUUUUGCCAACUCGUUAAUUAGUUGUCUGAGACUGCUCUACCGAGAAAACAUUAUUCACUGCGAUUUAAAACCGGAGAAUGUGCUGCUGAAACAACGGGGUAGUAGCUCGAUCAAAGUCAUCGAUUUCGGUUCCUCUUGUUAUAGUCAUCAGCGCGUCUACACGUAUAUACAGUCGAGGUUUUACAGAAGUCCAGAAGUGAUUCUUGGUCUUCCCUAUGGCACGCCGAUCGAUAUGUGGAGCUUGGGCUGUAUCUUGGCCGAACUGUAUACGGGAUACCCGCUGUUUCCGGGCGAAGAUGAGAUAGAGCAGCUCGCUUGUAUCAUGGAAGUCCUCGGUCUGCCACCGGAGCACAUUAUCAGUCAUGCGACUCGUCGCAGGCUCUUCUUUGAUCAGAAAGGAAGUCCGCGAUGCGUGACAAAUAGCAAAGGCAAAAAGAGAUGGGCAGGUAGCAAGAACCUCUCAAUGGCCCUUCGGUGCUCCGACAUGCUGUUCGUAAAUUUUGUUAGCAGAUGCCUCGAGUGGGAUCCAAAGAAACGCAUGACCCCCGACGAGGCGAUGCGUCACGAGUGGCUGACUUCGUCGUCUUCUUCGCAUGUGAGCUCCUCUUCCUCGGCGAUAGCUUCGUCGACGGUAAACGCGAGCGGGAACACGACGACGACGAGCGUCGAGACGUCGCGGGAGUCUGCGCAUGCGCCGCAGACAGUGAGUGUGACUGUCAGCGCGCCACGACAACGAGCAACGACGAUGGAAGAUCCGCCGUACACGAUGUACCGGCUUUACAAGGGUCGUAAAUAUGUUCAAAAGGUCUCGACCGGCACCGACGGCACCGACAAUGGCGGUGGCUUAAUGGUAAAGAGCAAGUUGAAUGGCAGCGCGAGCAGUCACGCCCUGGCAAGCAGCACGCAGACGGCGACAUCGAGGCACGCGUCGACCGGUGAUAUCGUCGCGAGUCUGGAUCCGAAUCUCGAUGACUCAGGCACGUUCCUGCCGCCGAUAUUGUGAAGUCGGGUUUGCGCCAGCCACUUCUAAACGUGCUAUUCGCGUACUGAUGGGCUUAGUAGCCUCGCUCUUGCGACAUAUAGAUGUUGUUUAACGUAUAUCAAGAGCAAGCGCGAUUAAACAGACGGCGCGUGUAGAACUGGCUGGCCGAUUUCUGACAUUAGAGUCCCCCGAUGCCAAACGGGCUAGACACGUAGAGUCGCUAGUCUCGGCAUGUAUCGAGCUAUGAGGCCAAAAUGACGAUCUGACGAUAGAAAAAGAGCGCGCGGGCAUGCCGAAUAACGAGCAAUAUAGCGAUCGAUUCGCGCGUUUUUGGGGAUACUGGGACGAUGUCACUCAGGUAAGCGUAACAAAUUCGCGCGCGCAUUAUCGUAGUUACUCGUAAACAACGUAAAUUUUGCUGUUCGCAGCAAGGGUACACCGGCAUUGUUUACAUGUACCGGUUACGUUUUAACACGGACCAUCAUAUUUAGCUGAUUCGGAUAUUUAUCUCGCGAACGUAUGUAAAAUGUACGACGGGUGAUAAAAUCUCGGCCAUAGGUAUAAAAAAAAUUAUAAAGAAUAUUCACAGAGUGUAUAGUUUGCCUUACUGUCGGCGAACCCGCGAAUUUGCAAACGUCGAUGGUAAAAAAAAAACUCACGCAAGUAAAGGCAAGGUAUAUUAUUACUGCAAAAUAUACUUUAAAUACGAAUGUAAGGAAUGCAUACAUACAUCAUCGAUGUAUCGUCGCGACGAUGCGCGUAGAGAAGCGAAACAAUGUCGACACAACGAUUUGUCCGACGUUGCAAUAAAAACGUCGGGAUCACCAUCGAAUUACGGUCGCGCCGAAGAUCUGUGAGUCGACCUGUGUCGCCAACACAGGGUCGCGAUUAAUAACGAAGCGUCAAGGCGAGGAGUAACAUUAAUACGUGAAGCAUGCCCCAGUUUAACGAGGCCUGAGUAGUCUUAUUGUGAUAUUAAACUACCACUGUCUUACUUAGAUCUCUCUGAUAUUAAGAAGUAACGAUCGCUAAUAUAAUAAUUUCAAUUUACUAUUAAUCAUUAUUUUCUUAUUAUAUCUGUAAUAAUCGCUAUAUCGCUACUAUUACCGCAAAGAUAUAGCUGCAUACGAAUAACGAGGUUAUCGUCGAUAACGGCAGAGUUAAUAUUACUUACAUACGCGUAGGCAUGUACAGAUUUUAAUUACGCGUCUUUUAAAUCCCAGGAACAGCAUAGCUAGUUCGCUUUAUAAAAUAUAUAUACUUGGUAAAAAAAAAAAAAAAAAAGGCCGAGAAUUUUUCAAUAAUUUCCUAUAACGCUCUUCUGUUGUCAUUAAUCGUCAGCGCGAUAUUGUAACACGCAUUUUAUUGCAUCGGAAUCAAUUCAAAAAAAUCGAUUAACGCGAUCCCGCGAAGACGCCUCUCCGCCGCUUUCGCGCUUUACUACUUAUUUACAUAUUACUCGUAGCUUUUCGGCAUUGAUUAGUCAUUUGUGAUUGACGCGUCCCUUCGAAAUCACGAGCGUUUCGCGAUAUGCAGAGGAUUUGACGAAAAAAAUUAUAUUGUAUAGAGUAUCGUAAUGUUAGGCUACUUUUUAGACGUGGUAAUUGUUCGAUGUGCCCGUACCCAUUCUAAAGUCUCACAAAGUAAAUGCAAGAUUUUCAAACUCGUAAUAAUGAUAUCGUUAUGAUUAGAAACGUGAGACGCGUCACUCCACCGUUUGCUGAUUUCGAGCUUUCAUCUCGGAACGAUUCAACUUCCGUUUUUUCACGCUUCUCUCGAUUAAUUUCUAAAAAGUUUCAUUGUAUCGUACGAUAGCGAUCGAAGAUUCUAUCAAAUUAUCACGCGUUUUAUAUGUUAUUGCGGCCAAAAAUGAUUAUGCUUAAAGCAGAGACACAUGAAUACAACAUCGAUAUUCGUAAAUCACGCGCAAGAGACUGAAAUGAAUCAUUAUUUUAUAUUGCUAAUAAACGAAACAAGCGAAAUUGUUCCUAAUAAUUCGUUCCGCAAAUCGAUAUCGCUUCAUCUUUAUUUUAUUUUAGAGCGAACUCGUUCAGUUCCUUUUACGAAGCGUUUCAUUCGCGAUAAGUUUUCGAACGUCUCACGCUAAUAAAUCGAAACGAAUAAGUCGGACUUGUCACGCAAAGUCCAUUUAGCCCGAGAACUUUAGGACAAUUAAUAUCGUACCAAUCAUAGUGGUAUCGCGCGACAUCAUCGGCGAAUGGCCAAUAAAGACGAGCGGAGAUUACAUUAAGAAUUACGUAUAUAAAUAUAAUUCGUAUGGCGAAUCUGCCCGAACGAACGACUGACGAAGUAGUAGCGCAUAUAUACAUAUAUAUUAUAUAUAAUAUUACGUAUUAUACACACGAUUUGUGCGGGUUUGUAGUAAUCGCUCUCGAGUGAUCGCGUCGACCAUCACGAAAUCUCGGGCGAGCACUUUGUUCGAUUACUCCAGAGAAAAAAGAAAAAGAGAAAGAAAAAAAGAAUUGACGAGCGUCUAUGAGGCAGCGAUUUCUAUAGAGUUCGAGAUGUGUAUCAAAUUGGGUAUAAAAUAAAACUGUGACGACGAUGCGUGCGUGCGUGCGUGUCUACAUUGGAGAUUCGUCUCCGGAAUUCAGCAGAAACGAAUGUUUGAGAGGGAGAGGGAAAGAGAGAGAGUGUGUGUGUGUGACACGCAAUUAUGCAUAUAUCUAUUAUAUAAAUAUCUACCAUUGUGCACGUGAAAAAAAAUCAUGCAAAAGUGAAACAAGUUAGGUCUAAAAUAGAUAAAUGAUAAAAUAUGAUAAAAAACGCGUUCGAAAAAAGAACACGCGAAUUUGUCAUCUACGGACUCUGCCCCCUCCCCAAAAUAUUGUUCAAUUGUACAGUCUUAAGUUUUUAGUUGUGUUCACUAUUGUAUACAGCGGGAUCAAAUUAUAUACGUAUGUGUAUAAAAGAAACGUUGUGUAAUCUGCGUAAGAUGUAUCAUUACACAUACCGACCUAUACACUUGAUGUGCGCCUAAAGAAACAUAAAAGAAAUAUGUUUAAAGUAGCAAAAAACGCGCUAAUGUUCUUAUUUUUGUCCAGUAUCGAUCAACUUGGACAUAAAUCUUUGUCUCCUGGAAGAGACAAAGAAUCAAUAUAAACUGUAAUUGAAGUUAAGCGAUCUUUGCGAAAUCGGGAUUAGAACAAAAAAUAUUAUAUUUUUAAAAAAAGGAAAAAGGGGGAGGAGGACGAAAAAGACAAACCAUGUGUCGAUACCAUCCGAGAGACAGCGAAUCGGAGGUAAUCCGCGAAAAUUCGUGUUCGUUGACUGAAAGUUGCUCGACUUUGCAUCUGGUCAAUCCGUCAUCCGGCAAAGGAAUAAUCGUAUUGUCAUAUUUCGGGAUGAUUUUUUCCACAUGACGCGGACGGAAAAAAGAGAGACAGUCGCUUUUUCUAGUCCAGGAUGUAACGAACGUGCUCCGAACGUACACACAUCUCGCUAAAAUAUUGAUGAAAGGAAAAAGAAAGUUAUGUGAAAGAGAAGAGAGAGAUCAAGCAUUCUCUCAUAGUUGAGUAAAGGGUUGCUCCACGCGGCGUGUAUCCGUUAGGUCAGUGUGUAACUAAUUAACGAGUUUUAACGACGCGAUUAGACGCUAUCGAAUUAAAAUAGUAUAAUGCGUGCGUGCGUAAAACUCUUUUCCCCUUCCCGUGACGGAUAAUGCGUCCGAUAAGAAGAUCCCGAAUGAUGUUCAUCGCGGAGAGUCAUUGUCGCGACGGCCUCGUAGAUCAUCCUCCAGUAGGACAAUCAUAGAAUUACGAGUUUACGUUAGAUUUACACGCUAGUAAGUUUUUAUUAGAUGAUAGAUGCGCGAGCUAAAUUGUACGAACGAGAAUGUUUCUCGUUUGUCAAGCUCUCGUCGAUGCGUGAGACGAUUCCAAAAUUGAUAUCGUGUGGACGAAGGAUUGUUUAGAUUAUUAGAUGCCGGCGCGCGACGAAAUUUACUCUGCGUUUCUGCCCGUAGAGGCGGAAGAGAUCUCGGUACGCGAAAAUAGAAUUAUCUAAGGGAAGAGGGGAGGAAGGGAGAGAAGAGAAACUACUCUGAUAAAUGGGAGCGAAGGGUUCAUAGUGAUUUGUAAUUUGGCGUUCAACUGCGAAUGUCUUGUUAUAAACGUAUAAGUGCGAGUUCGUCAAUUUUUGCCCACACUUAACUAUAGCAAACGAGAGAGAAUUGCUAAAUAAUAAAUGAUUAUUAUAAUUGACAUUAGUAUAAUAUGUAUGUAAUGAUACGAUACUGAAGCAUCAUCAUCUUUUGUAUCAUUUGUUUGUUUGUUUUUAUCUUACUGCGUUUGUCUUUCAUUAUUAAUUCAAAUACCAAGAUGACUCAGUUUCGACUCGGUAUAUCAUCUUGUGUGUAAAUAUAUACUAAUAAAAAAAUAUAUACACAAACGCAACGAGAUGCAAGUCUUGCGAAUAUUCCCGCGAUUAUAUUCCUUAUAGAGGACUUUCGCAUUCCCUAUUGCAGAGAAUUUUGAAUGUACGUAGAAUCGAGAAUACUAAUGAAUAACAUGUAUAU